CUUCAACUUCAAUCUUCAACCAAAACGCCACUACUUCUCCCACACUACCAAACCAUCACCAUGCGUUUCGCAGCAGUCAUCGCCGCCCUCGCCGUCACGGCCGCCGCUCUUCCUGCCACCUCUCUAGAGCAGACGGGAGCAGCUCUCGAUGCUCAGGCUGAUGCUUGUCGCGACUUCGAUGCGUACCAAACCUGUACUUCGAACUGUAGCCCACUUGGCCCAGCCUUUGCCUGCUCCAUCAGCUGCCUCAUCGCCUACUGCUCCUAGGUCGCUACUUUGGCACUUCGUGUUCUAUUCAGCCGGUAUGGGGUGGGGCUGUUAAAGGAGGGUGGUCUUGGCCAUACACAUGGUUAUACUUAGGGUCUGUAGAGUGGCCAGCCGUUCGUUACCCUUAAGCACAAUGAACACCUUUUGGAGUCAAUCGUUUCCAACUCUCAGCUGUUCCAAAGGUCCUAUAGCGUGAUACUUAAAAAGAAAAAGUAGAUUGUAUGUAGAUUGGAUAUCAAGUUGAGUACAGACCCAUAACACCGAAU